UAGAUAUAAAGUAUACAACUCAAUCUCAAUUUAAAGAAAAAGGCUUGGAAAAAAUAAAAAUUAAUAAUGCUCAAAAUAAAAAAUCGCUAUCUGUCACAACAUCACAAGGCAACGCAGAGGGACAUGAACCACAACAAGUAAUCGAUAUGAUCAAAUUCAAUACUGACAUCAUAUCCUCUAAUGUUCCCCCAAUACUCACCCCUAAAAAUGCUUCUGAAGCGGAUAUUAAUUUACCGAAUGAAGCGAAGCAUGCCCGCAAAACCAAAGAAUCUAUCCUUCACGAAGAGGACUAUUUUAGAAUGAAACAUGAAAUAAGCGCCAAAAAGAGUAAUAAUAAUCGACCUUCCUUCCAAGCCGAUUCCAUAAUGGAACGAAUUUGCGAAAACAGGGUACAAGUGAACGGGGAACGGGAUUUCGUGUUUCCCGACAAAAUGACAAAAAUGGAGAAACAACAUUUGCAAAAAAUAACGGAGUUAAACAAGAUCUCCUAUCAAUUGGUCGAAACACACGCUAAAAACGUGGGCUUCAACGAGAACUUGAAAUUUUUUGUCAAGGGCUGCAUUCACGCUACUCAGCUUAACAAAUUAGAUCUGAAUCACUGCAUCAUGAAUACCGCGGUUAAGGAUAAAUACGUUCGACAAAUAGAGGGAAUGUGUUCUAAGCAAAGAUUUACAUCGGCCCUCAACCUCAUAAAUAGGCUCUCCAGUAGAGGAAUCUUUGUUUCAACCGACCUCAUUUUACCCUUGAUCAAAUCGAUCAUAGUCAACGAUUACUAUUGCAGAAAAUACUUUUUACCCCGAUUUUUUGUAACCAUUCAUAAUAUGGGCUAUCCUAUAACUAUGUUGCUUAGACAAUUAACCGAUGUCGAUGAGAAAUAUCUAGAGAAAUUGGCAAAAUACAUCGCUGAAUAUUUGAACGUUGAUAUGGCUUACCUCAAGUCCAAAAAUUUUUACCCUUCUCCUUCUUCCGAAGCGACUUCCGAAGAAUUGGAGUACAUACCUCUAGAAUGUUCUUCCCACGAUAAAAUGGCCGACAAUAUUGACUGCAUAAUGAAUAUCGACACUAAUUCUGACCUUAUUACAGAAAAUUUGAUCAAUAAAGCUCAAGGCACUCUCGUACAUAUGGGCAUGAAAUCUCAUAAAAAGUUAUGCAGCGCAUUACUAAGGCAGGAUAAAUCAACUAUCAAUACAGUUGCAUCGAUAAAACCCUUCAAUUAUUUGCUAGAAAUAUACGCGAAAUAUGGCCUGAUAGAAAACAUGCGUUACAUGUAUCAUAUGAUAAAAUUUCUUGAUAUCAAACCGGACGUUCAAACCUUUGCCCAUUUUUUGGAAUGCAUAGGUAGACAUGACAUCAAACCCGAGCUAGAAAAGAUUAAGUUUGCAGAGUGUCUCAUGAAAGAGAUUGAAAAAUUGUCAUAUUCGUUAGACGACAUACUUCUCCAAGGUAACUACAUAUCCGAUGAACCUCAAUAUAUCAUCAAAGCUGUCAAAAUGGUACGACCUAAUUUUGCCCCUAGGAAACCUUGCAUUAUCCACGAAUACGAUAUGUCUAUAUUUAAAGAUUUGCCUUUAUCCAAAACUCUACCCCGUCAAUCCAUAAAAGCAAAACACGAUGUCAAAGAGGAUACCAAACGUUAUAAUAUGCCUUAUGCGGGACUAAUUGAUAAGUCAACAUUUAUGAAUUGCUUAUCUGAACAACUCGAAUCGGAAAUCGGUGGCCAUGUUGAUAUCAAAUCUAUCUUCAAUCCUACCCCUAACAACAGCCUUGACAAAAAAGGAUCGUUAAUGAUUUCGGCCGCCAAAGAUAAAGAUUUACUUACUAAAUUUAAAGAUAUUCCCAAAGACGAAAAGCAAGAAAGCAAGAAGAAUCAGAUUCAAUCAGCCUACUGCAAAAAGUUAGACGCGGAGCGGAAAAAAUGGCAAGAAACUUUGAUGGAAGCUUUUAAAACCAAUUUGCUAAGCAUGAAACAGGAAUGGGAAGCUAGAGGUUUAAAAAGUGGCUUUCAAUUCUUAAAUCUUUAUCCACUCCUCAAGAUUUUACCGCCUCAAUUUUACGUCGAUCUAAUGUUAAAUGAAAUAGAAUAUUUAUCAACUAGCGCUCAAUUUUAUAGCCCCUCGAGUUUAUUCCUCUACAAACAAAUGGGGAUGAGAAUCAAUCAAAAAUACGUGGUUCAUCAAAAAUUGAUGAAAGGAUUUAAGGAUAAGCUCACGAAUAUCUACGAUAAAUUCUACGAUUAUACCCGUAACCUUAAAACCUUUGUCAAUCACAUACCCAGAACCUUGUGGAAUCAGAUAUGUAUUGAUCAAUUUGAAUGGACCCAUCAUUUAGAGUUAGACAAUCAGCUGUGGCCAUCGACUUAUCAUAUAGGACUCGGAAGAUUUUUGUAUACAUUAAUACUCCAACAUAUCAAAGUUGAAAUGACCGAUUCGAAAUACGAAAAAAAAACAUCUCCCGCAUUUUUCAGUAUCUUUCGGCAAUAUAGCAUUAGUCAGAAGGAGGAAUUUAAACCGCAUCCCUUUUUGGUUAAGCUAUUCAAAGAGAGCAACCCUACACUUUUAGCUCUGACUAAACAGAAAGAGCAGAAUUUGGAUACUAAUAAUAUUGCAGAUAAAUUGAGUGAAAAAAAUGCCAAAACUCUCAAAUUCGAGCCUCACAUGUUACCUAUGCUUGUGCCACCCAUACCUUGGACCAGUAUAAAUGCCGGUGGAUAUCUCUUGAACAAUAGUCCACUUGUACGACUAUCGGAAUCAUGGGGCUUCCACUAUCAAAUACUCAAUAAGACACCCGUCAAGAAAAUGCUGCCUAUGUUAGAUUCCCUUUCGUAUUUGGGGAUGUGCCCAUGGAUUAUCAACCAGCCCAUUUUAGAUACGAUCAUAAAAAUUUUCAAUUCAAACGGCAACCCGGCUUUAAGUAUACCUCCUUAUAAGACCCUUCGACCAGAGCCUACUACAAACGAGGAUCUUAAUCACAAUGACGAAAUGACAAAUUUAUUCCCCCUUUCUUCCGUAGUUAAUACCGCCCCGUACCCUGGCAACAAAAAGCAUAAUGGUAGCGGGAAUGGGUACUCUAAUUCAACGUCUUCCGUUGAUUCUAAAACCGAAUCGGAAAUGUAUUCCAUAUGGUGUGACACCUUAUACAAACUUUCCAUAGCUAAUCACUUGCGCGACAAAAUAUUUUGGUUUCCACAUAACAUGGACUUCCGGAGUAGAGUUUAUCCGAUCCCACCAUAUUUUAAUCAUUUAACUGGUGACCCAUUUAGAAGCUUAUUGCUUUUCGCUAAACCACAACCUUUAGGUCCUAAAGGAUUGAAAUGGCUUAAAUUGCACCUAGUCAACCUUACCGGCACCCAGAAAAAGAAAUCUAUAAAAGAAAGAAUCGAAUAUAUCGAUAAAAUGUUACCCACUAUUAUAAACUGUGCUGAGGCGCCAUUAAAGGAAGGAAACGAUUGGUGGAUGAAAGCGGAUGAUCCAUGGCAAGCCUUGGCCUGCUGCGCGGAAAUAUCCAAGGCCAUCAAGCAUUCAGAUCAUACUAAAUAUUUAUGCCACUUUCCUAUCCAUCAAGACGGUUCUUGUAAUGGCUUGCAACACUAUGCCGCCCUGGGUCGGGACCAAGAUGGGGGAAGUCAAGUCAAUUUAAUACCCAGUAAUCGACCUCAAGAUGUUUAUACUGCCGUUGCGGAAAAUGUCGAAAUAUUAAGACAAAAAGAUGCUGAAAGUGGAUCUGAAAUAGCUAUUUUAUUGGAAGGGAAAAUAACCAGAAAGGUAGUCAAACAAACGGUUAUGACUGUGGUUUAUGGGGUAACCCACUACGGGGCAAAAGAACAAAUAGCUCGACAACUCGAAGAUAUACCAGAUUUCGAUAAACAAAACGUAAAAUCCGCUUCCAUUUAUCUAGUCGAAAAUACUUUUGCCAGCAUCAAAAAAUUGUUUACCGCCACCAGGGAAAUUCAAGAUUGGUUUACGGAUUGUGCAAAGUUCAUAUGUUCCAACACGAACCUGACCCUCGAAUGGGUGACACCUAUCGGAUUUCCUGUCGUUCAACCUUACAGCAAAAGGACUCAGAUGGUUCUACCCAAGGGGUUUCAGCAUGAAACUGCAUCUUCCCUUCAACUCAGAUCUGGUCUAUUCGAAAAACCAUUGACGAGAAAACAAAAAAAUGCAUUUCCUCCUAAUUUUAUCCAUUCCUUAGAUUCCACUCAUAUGAUGCUCACUGCUCAACAUUGCCAAAAAGCCGGUAUAAAUUUUGUGGCAGUUCAUGAUUGUUUUUGGACUCAUCCGGCACACGUUGAAACUAUGAAUCAGUUAUGCCGAGAACAAUUCGUUUUACUCCACAAGCACCCAAUAAUUGAAAAUCUUUCACAAUUUUUCGUUGAAAAUUACAGUUAUAGCAACGAAGAAAUAUCUUCAUCCCUCAAUAAAAGCGGCGUUGUUGAGGAUAUGCUCAAGUUCAAUCAAUUAUUGAAAAAGAUCCCCCAAAAAGGAUCCUUACAAAUAGACGAUGUUUUAAAAUCGACCUUCUUUUUUAGUUGAUCUAUCCUUUGAAAAUAUUAAAAGAAUACUAUUCAAUUAUUCUUGCAAUAUUAGGAAAUUAUUACCAAUUAUUGUACACAAUGUUAAAUAUACAGUAUUUAUUUGUUAGC